AUGCGUCCAGAUGGAAUAUCAACAGAAAAUGGCUUCUCCGAGCCUUCAAAUGGGGCUUACACUCCGACACCGAGGAAACCCAGUUUGAACGGUCAGUCGACCUCCGCCAACGGGAACGCUCAUACAAACGGGUCCAAAAAGCCAUCUCAAUCUUCCAGCUACUAUGGCCAUAAUCGAGAGGAGGUGACACGGAUCUUGAUGCAGAGUUUGUACGAGUUGGGUUAUACCGGGUCGGCAUCGCUGUUGAGUUCGGAGAGCGGUUAUGAGCUGGAAACGUCGGGCGUCGCAACAUUUCGAAGUGCAGUGCUGGGUGGAAAAUGGGCAGAAGCCGAGAGGAUUUUGAUCCAGUCAUUGCCAAAUGUUGGGUCGCAGCCAGACAGGAACCCCCCACCAGAGGAAAUAUUGCUCUUGUCAGAGGAUGCCGACAGCAACGAGAUGUUAUUCUAUCUACGACAGCAGAAAUACUUGGAAUUGCUAGAAGCGCGGGAUCUGUCUGCAGCUCUCAGCGUCCUUCGACAAGAACUCACGCCGUUAAAUUUUGACGUGGAGCGUCUUCAUGCUCUUUCGAGUCUUCUCAUGUGCCCAAUCGAGCUCCUACAUGACCAAGCGGGGUGGGAGGGACCUGUAAGCUCAUCUCGUGAACGUCUUCUUGGCGAGCUGUCGAAGUCCAUUUCUCCCUCCGUGAUGAUCCCUCAACAUCGUCUCGCGGUUUUAUUAGAUCAUGUCAAGUCAACGCAGAUCAACAACUGCUUAUAUCAUAACACUGCUGAAUCUCCGUCACUUUACUCAGACCACAUGUGUGACCGAAAUGAUUUCCCCUUGGAAGUUGCUGUCGACCUGACUCAUCACUCAGAUGAAGUUUGGUACUGCGAGUUCUCUCAUGAUGGCUCUAAGCUGGUCACUGCUGGCAAGGACCACAAUGUGCUAAUCUACAACACCGCUGAUUUUAGUGUACUUCACCGACUCACAGACCAUGAGGAGGGUGUGGCAUUCGCCAGUUGGAGUCCGGAUGACACCAAGCUCAUUACCUGCUCACAAGAUAAGAAGGCGCGUGUAUGGAGCGUUGAGAGCGGCCGCUGUCUUCUCACUAUCAAUCACCAUCGCCAACCAGUAACCGCCGCUGCCUGGGCAGCAGAUGGCGAGUCAUUCGUAACGGCAUCCCUAGACGCCGAAUCACAGCUCCGCCACUGGAGCAUUCGUGGUCAAUCCCUAUACACAUGGAAAGGUGGAUUCCGCGUGCAAGACUGCGCUGUUAGCGCCGACGGACGACGUCUUGUUGCGGCUGAUACGGAAGCCAAGAUCCAUGUGUACAACCUACUUACCUACGAGGAAGAUUACUGUCUCCCGCUCCCCAGCAAACCAACCUCUGUCGCCAUCAGCCAAGAUUCUAGACACGUGCUUAUAAGUCUGGCUGAGGGUGAGAUUCAACUGGUCGAUAUGGAAACCACCGCUGUUGUUCGUCACUUCAAAGGGCAAAAACAAGGCGAGUUUGUGAUUCGCAGCACAUUCGGAGGAGCUGCUGAAAACUUUGUCGUCAGCGGUAGUGAGGACUCCAAGAUCUAUAUCUGGCACAAGGAAAAUGGCCAUCUCGUACAGGUUCUAGAGGGCCACAUUGCGGGAUGCGUGAACUCAAUAUCGUGGAAUCCCGCAGAUCCAGGCAUGUUUGCAUCCGCAGGCGACGACAAUACAGUAAGGAUCUGGUCAAAAGACAGUAACCGACCUCGGCCAUCCGGACCUACUCCACGCAGCCGGGUACCAUCGAAUGGAGUCACACGGACUAGCGCGAUGCGGACAACUACGUUGUGA